CACACACACACACACCAGCAUUCAUACGAUGAUCCAGUGGUCUGAGCCCAAGGUCAAUGGGACAAGAAAGCCUGAGUUUGGGUUCUCAGCAGUAGCGAUCCAUUGCAGGGGGCUGCAGCUUUCCAGUCCUCAUCUCCCCUCCCCAAAGACUGGUGAAGAUGUGACAGUUCCAGAGAGGAGAGUGCCUGCUGCUGGUGCUGGUGCAGUGUGCCUGCCGCUGCUGAGGAUGGUGCACUGCUUCUCCGGGGGCUCCCUGGUGAUCGCAGCCCUGCUGCUGCUGCCUGACUCCCAGGCUGGCUGGAGCUGCGGAGAUCUGCUGUGCGGAGACAAGGAGGGCUGCUGUGUGUUCGGGAACGUCAGCCAUACAGAGAUCAAAUGCUGCAAGCUUCCCUUCCAUACUUUCCUGGACAAUGUCGGCUGGUUCGUCAGGAAGCUGUCCGGGCUGCUCAUCCUCCUGGUGCUCUUUGCUAUCGGUUACUUCUUACAACGGAUGAUUUGCCCCAGCCCCCGCCGGUAUACCCGGCCCCAACCAAGGGGGCAGAACGGGCCAGGGCUCCUCAAUGAGACAAGCUCACAGGACUCACUCAUAGACAGUGUGAGGCACCUCUCCGAACAUGAGCUCCGCAUCAUCUCCUCGCCGCUCUUCCUACAACUACCCAGCUAUGACGAGGUCAAGUACUUACCCACCUACGAGGAGUCCAUGAGACCAAACCAGGUCAUCCUACCGGUGUCCCAGAUCCCUUCCCAGCCAGGGGACAGUGCUGCGGGACAUGGGACUUUGCCUCCUUAUUCACACUGACCCAAUGCUCAUUCAUUCACCUAGUUUUAUCUAACUCUAUAUAAUCUGUAUGCACCCUUUGCCCUGUGUCUUUUAUCUUCUGCUCAUCUCCGAGGUGUCACUAUGUCCCCCAAUGGUGUCCCCAAUCAUCCCCAGUGCCCCAUAGUUCAUAUUCAUUAACAACUCUUCUUCCCUUGCCUUGUUGUAUCUUCUACUCCCCCAUUGGUGUCACCAUAUCCCCCAAUGGUGUCCCCAAUCAUCCCCAGUGCCCCAUAGUUCAUAUUCAUUAACAACUCUUCUUCCCUUGCCUUGUUGUAUCUUCUACUCCUAGCCAUGGUGUCACCAUAUCCCACAAUGGUGUCCCCAAUCAUCCCCAGUGCCCCAUAGUUCAUAUUCAUUAUUGACUCUUCUUCCCUUGCCUUGUUUUAUCUUCUACUCCUAGCCAUGGUGUCACCAUAUCCCCCAACGGUGUCCCCAAUCAUCCCCAGUGCCCCAUAGUUCAUAUUCAUUAAUGACUCUUCUUCCCUUGCCUUUUUUAUGUUCUACUCCUAGCCAUGGUGUCACCAUAUCCCCCAAUGGUGUCCCCAAUCAUCCCCAGUGCCCCAUAGUUCAUAUAUAUUAAUGACUCUUCUUCCCUUGCCUUUUUUUAUCUUCUACUCCUAGCCAUGGUGUCACCAUAUCCCCCAAUGGUGUCCCCAAUCAUCCCCAGUGCCCCAUAGUUCAUAUUCAUUAUUGACUCUUCUUUCCUUGCCUUGUUUUAUCUUCUACUCCUAGCCAUUGUGUCACCAUAUCCCCCAAUGGUGUCCCCAAUGCCCCAUAGUUCACAUUCAUGAAUGAUUCCUCUGCACUGUGAACGUAUUCCCCAGUAUUGUCCUGUGGUGUCAUCAGUCCUCUCAUUGCUCUCCAGUGCCCCAUAGUUCAUAUUCAUUAAUGACUCCUUGUCUUGUUUUAUCUUCUGCUCCUCUCCAUGCUGUGAACAUAUCCCCCAAUAUUGUCCUAUGGUGUCCCCAAUCUUCUCAUUGCCCUCCAGUGAAGUGUCGGGACAGGGUCAUCCAGAACCUAGAGAAAGAAUGCAGAAUUGUGCCCCCUUCUACCACUAUUAAUACAUGCCGUAGAAUGGGUGUACCACCCUGUGUCCAUUUUUUGCAUCACUGCACCCAGGGCAACUUCCCUUCCUGCCCACUCAUUGUCUCAGCCCUAAUCCAGUGCCCCAUAUUUCAUAUUCAUUAAUGACUCCUCUUCCCUUGUUUUAUCUUCUGAUCCUCUCCAUGCUGUGAAUAUAUACCCAAUAUUGUCCUGUAAUGUCCCCAAUCCUCCCAUUGCCCUCCAGUGCAGUGUCUGGACAGGGUCAUCCAGAGCCCAGUGCAAGGUUGCAAAAUUGUGCCCCCUUUCCCCACUAUUAAUACAUGCUGUAGAAUGGGUGCUCCAUCCUGCAUCCAUUUUUUGUUUCUCUGCGCCCAGGGCAACUGUCCUUCCUGCCCACCCCUUGUCCCAGCCCUGAUCCAGUGCCCCAUUGUUCAUAUUCAUUAACUACUCCUCUUACCUUGUCUUGUUUUAUCUUCUGCUCCUGUCAGUGCUCUACCUGUAUCCCCCAUUAUUGUCCUAUGGGGUCCCCAAUCCUCCCAUUGUCCUCCAGUGCCCCAUUCUUCAUAUUAAUGACUCCCCUUCCCUUACCUUGUUUAAUCUUCUUCUUCUCUCCAUGCUGUAACUGUAUCCCCCAUUAUUGUCCCAUCAUAUCCCCAAUCCUUAAAUUGCCCUAAAGUGCCCCAAAGUUCAUAUUUAUUAUUGACUUGUCUUCCCUUGUUCUGUUUUGUCUUCUGAUCCUCUCCAUGCUGUAACUAUAUCCCCCAUUAUUGUCCAAUAGUGUUCCCAAUUUUCCCAUUGCCCUCCAGUGACCCAAAGUUCCCAUUUAUUAAUUAUUCUCUUCCCUUGCUCUGUUUUGCUUUCUGCUCCUAUCCAUGCUAUAACUAAAUGCCCCAUUAUUGUCCCAUGGGGUCUCCAAUCCUCCCAUUGCCCUCCAGUGCCCCAUAGUCCAUAUACAUUAAUUACUCCUCUUCCCUUCUGCUCCACUACAUGCUAUAACUAUAUCUCCCAUUAUUGCCCCCAUAGUGUCCUCAAUCCUCCCAUUGCCCUCCAGUGCCCCAAAAUUCAUAUGUAUUUAUGGCGUCUCUUCCCUUC